CUUCUCUUCAGUAAUCCGGUCUGGGGUGGUGCCACUACCGUGCCUACCACCAUCAUCAGAAACAUUACCGCGCUCUCCGUGCGUUGCGUCCAGUCCACUCGCAUCGACAGCAACAUCACCACCUUGACCACCACUAAUGCCGAUACCCUUAAUGGAGUCAUCCAAGGCCUCUUAUACGUUCCCGAUAUUAGUCGAAUGCCGUCCUGUGAUACGCAGCAGUACGACUUCAUCCCCAGAAAUGUUACCCGUCGCUCCAACCUCCCGCCUACCAACUACAACCUCAUCGCCCUCGCUCCUUGGUUUAGCAUAGAUUGCACCCAGGCCUACCUCGCCGCCGCCCGCGCCGACCCCAUCCGCGCCUUCAUCUUUUACAAACCAAACAACUCCUCCAACAAGCCCCAGGAUGUUUACUCCCCCGUCUGGAACCUUGACGAUGAUGGCGCCUGGAGGAAGCAAAACCAGUAUCCCGUCUUUGCCGUCUCGGGUCUUGAGGGUCAAAAAAUGAUGACUCAGCUCAGCCUCUACUCAGGAACCGUCAACCAGAUUCCCCAUGGCCAAGAGAUUUCGCAGCUCUAUGGGCCCAACCCAAAAGACUAUGUUCGAAUAUGGACCGAGCUGAACAUGAAGAAUCCCACCAAUAUCCCGGCUCUGUGGAUAUUCUUCCUCAUUGUCAUUGGCGCCUUGCUCUUCAUCAUCGGCGGCAUCUCACUCACCAUGCAUCUGAUACAGAGGCGGCGCCGCUUGUCGUUGAAACGUCGCGUUGCAUCUGGCGAAGUCGAUCUCGAGGCCAUGGGUAUCAAGAGACUCACUGUCCCGACGACAUUUGUCCAGGGAUUUCCGCUAUUCACCUACAACCAGGAUCCAGACGCACUCAACGGCCCACCCACUCCCUCUUCCCCAGGCAUGCCUCGCGCAUCUCGCUCUGGAAAUGAGCACAGCGUCCGUAGCACACGAAGCGUACGGAGUAAAAGGUCAAGUAUAACAGGUUCCGACACUACCGCCACCAACUUUCAACCAAACUGCCACAUCUGCCUCGAUCGUUUCGAACACCGCGUUACCAUUAUCAAAGAACUGCCCUGCGGCCACAUAUUCCAUCCCGACUGUAUAGACGAAUUCCUGCUCGAAAAUAGCUCACUGUGUCCAAUGUGCAAGCAUUGCAUGUUGCCCCGUGGCUACUGCCCUCCCAUUACUAACGGAAUGGUCCGCCGUGAACGAGCCCUGCGGAAAUUGCGAGGAAGGAUAGAUUUGGAUUACUCGUCUCUGGAA